GAGGAUAAAAAGAGAGCCGUCAUGUGUCUGUCCCUCCCUCUUCUGCCUCCAUCUGUCGGCCGCUGUACUCAACCUUCCCGAAACAAAACACCGGAGAACAACAAUGUCUGAAAAACUUAACUACAAAGUUGCUGACAUCAGCCUGGCCGAAUGGGGGCGCAAGGCCAUCGACAUUGCGGAGAAUGAGAUGCCCGGUCUGAUGAAGAUGAGGGAGAUGUACAGCAAGUCCAAGCCACUGAAGGGUGCCCGCAUCGCCGGCUGCCUCCACAUGACCCUGCAGACCGCCGUGCUCAUCGAGACCCUCACCGCCCUCGGAGCUGAGGUUCAGUGGUCGAGCUGCAACAUCUUCUCCACUCAGGAUCACGCUGCUUCCGCCAUCGCCAAGACUGGAGUUCCAGUGUACGCGUGGAAAGGAGAGACGGACGAGGAGUACGUGUGGUGCAUCGAGCAGACUCUGUACUUCAAGGACGGCCAGCCCCUCAACAUGAUCCUGGACGACGGAGGAGACCUCACCAACAUGGUCCACCAGAAGUAUCCCAAACUGCUGGCAGGUAUCCGUGGCCUGUCAGAAGAGACAACCACAGGUGUCCACAACCUGUACAAGAUGUUGAAGAAGGGCGAGCUGAAGAUGCCCGCCAUAAACGUCAACGACUCCGUCACAAAGAGUAAGUUUGACAACCUGUACGGCUGCAGGGAGAGCCUGAUCGACGGCAUCAAGAGAGCCACGGACGUGAUGAUUGCCGGUAAAGUUGCCGUGGUGGCGGGCUACGGAGACGUGGGCAAAGGCUGCGUCCAGGCUCUGCGCGGUUUCGGCGCUCGCGUCAUCGUCACAGAGAUCGACCCCAUCAAUGCCCUGCAGGCAGCCAUGGAGGGUUAUGAGGUCACCACCAUGGAUGAGGCGUCUAAGGAAGGAAACAUCUUCGUCACUACCACCGGCUGUGAGGACGUCAUCCUGGGACAUCACUUUGAGAACAUGAAGGACGAUGCCAUUGUUUGUAACAUCGGACACUUCGACUGUGAGAUCGACAUAGGCUGGCUCAUCAAGAACGCUGCAGAGAAGAUCAACGUCAAACCUCAGGUCGAUCGCUAUCGUAUGAAGAGCGGCCGUCACGUCAUUAUCCUGGCUGAGGGCAGACUGGUCAACCUGGGCUGUGCUAUGGGACACCCGUCCUUCGUCAUGAGCAACUCCUUCACCAAUCAGGUUCUGGCUCAGAUCGAGUUGUGGGAGAACACCUCCAAAUACCCCAUUGGAGUCUACUUCUUGCCCAAGAAGCUGGAUGAGCAGGUGGCAGCCGCCCAUCUUGAUAAACUGGGGGUGAAGCUGACCAAGCUGACGGACAAGCAGUCCAAGUACCUGGGUCUGCCCGUCCAGGGGCCCUUCAAACCGGACCACUAUCGCUACUAAGCGCCCUCAAGAGAUGGAGGUGGUGUGGCUGGAACGGUGUUGAGGUGGAGCAGGGUUCGGUGUUUGGAGCACUUUGGGCAUAGUUUUUGGGUGUUUUGGGCUCUCAAAUGUCAACUCUUCAGGGAUACUGAGGGACAGUUUGUUUGUUUCUUUCCCCUUUUUUUAAUUAGUCUUUUCAUAUCCAAUGCUAAAGAAAUGUAUUCCACAAGUUGCAUCCUGUGUCACUUGACAAUGCUAAAGUGUGGAGCCAAACACCUUGUUCUGCUUUACUGCCGUGAGAUCAAAGUUAUUCUACCAAACAGCUGUGGUUGAAUCACCACUGCAUCGAGCCAAAGCUGUCAGCAGCUUUAUGCAGGAGUUCAUCGGGAGGGAGCCGACGUCUUUGUUCAGACGCACCAUUCGAAACAUCGGAAACUUGUAUUUCAACUAAAAGCAUAUUUGUUUGUCUCACCGCUAUCUUGUUUUACUCUCUCGACACGUGACGUCUUCAGUCGUCCACCGUCCUCUUUCUUUCUCAUCAACUCCUCUGAAACACCCAGUGCUACUGUGGCUGCUUAGAGUUUGUCCCUCUCCAUUAAUGGAAUAAAAUAAACCCUCAUGCUGUUUAUCACCUGAGCUCAUCACAGCAGGUGUUCUUCUAAUGAAUGGAGGUAAACGGUUUAGUACAGCGGCCUUGUUCCAGUAUGUUGACAUCAACGCUGCCCUGUGUUAGCACUUAUGAAAGCUGCUCGGUGUUUCUCGGUGUGUUUACUAAUUAUCCCGGUUUAUUGGUAAAGAGGAGCAAUGCUGCCAAAGGAUCCACUGAAGCACAUCAUGUUUUUACCUCAUAGAAAAAAAAGUCUUAUUUCUGUUGCUUGAUUUUUAUUUUUUAUUUUUUUUUUUUAAUAAUUGAUUUUUUUUUUUUUUUUAUUUUUGUUAAUUGAUUUAUUCAUUUGACUUGAAGGGCCAAACACCACCUCAGUUUCUUUCUUUUCCUCACUGUAGCCUUCAGGGCGACGUUAAAGCGGUGGUCACAGUUCUCUACGGUUAAAGCCUGAAGCUCAGCUGCUCGUACGAGCUGUCAAGUGUGACAAAUAAAACAUGUGACUGGACUGUUCGUGGUUGUGUGAGAAAACAGAUAUUUUUGACAAGUGAAGUCCUGCUGUUUACAGUUAGCAAUGACGUCUUUUCUGCUGGGUAUUGUAGUUUUCAUUCCCGUCAGUAGUUGCGUGCUGCUCAUGACUGCUGGGAUCUGGAGACGAGUCCAGACAGAAGUGGAAACACAUGCCUGGUUGGAAUAAACUCCCUCCAUAAAGCAAACUUAUUUUGGAAAAGGA